GUGCUCUGGGAGAGGGGAGCCAGAAAGCCUGAAACCAGCUGUGGGGAGCUCUGGAGCCUGGAAGCCAUCUUAGCCCUGUGUAGAAGGAGAGAGCUGCCAUGUGCACAGGGAGGUGUUCAAAGUGCAUUGGGAUCACCCUCUUCCCUCUGGCAGCAUGUGCCAUCGUCUCCAACAUCCUCCUGUACUUCCCCAAUGGACAGGUUCUGCAGAUCAAUGAGAUAACUGACCUGGUCUGGUUUUUCCAUGGCAUUCUGGGAGCUGGGAUACUGGUUAUUUUGCCAGCAUCCAUGAUGCUGGGAGCAGGCGGAGCAGGAUGUUGCGCUAACAGAUGUGGGAUGCUGCUCUCAGUGGUCCUGUCUGUGCUGGGAUUUGCUGGAGGAGUUUAUUGUGCAGUCAUCUCCUCUCUGGGGCUGAUUUGGGGCCCUCUGUGCAAUAUGGGUGAUGGAGAAUACCUCUACCCUUUCAGGAAUGACACUCUGGAAGAAAAUUAUUUGUUCAACCAGACAACAUGGGUCAUUUGCAAAGAACCUGAAAACAUCAUUCUUUGGAACACUGUUCUUUUCUCUAUUCUCCUGGCCAUCGGUGUGGUUGAAGCUAUUCUCUGCUUUAUUCAAGUCAUCAAUGGACUCACUGGCUUCAUAUGUGGCACGUGUAUGAGGAAAAGAAAGGCAAAUAUUUCUGGAAUGUGACUGACCUACAAGGAAUGCCAGGAGGAAACUUGAGCAGCAAAUUCAGGAUAGUGCAAUGUGCUGUAUUUAUGGGAAAAGGACCAAGAAAAUGUUCUGAAAUGUCAUGGGGCAAAAUGAAUUUUUUAUAAAGAAGUCAGAGUGGGAAUGGGCUAGAUCUUUUAGAUCUGAGACUCCAAAUUUUUCUCUCUCUAAAAACACCUGCUACACCUCAGGUACUGGCAAAACCACUAACCUGCCAGGUCUUGACUGCUGGACUAGUGCAUAAAACACAGCAGCCCCCAGAUCAAAGUUCAACACUUGCCCACUUGUGUAUAUAGGAGCCUGAGCCAUUGUUAAUGUACAUAUUUAUCAGCUGCACAAAGCAGGUGGUCUCAGGCUGGAUGUAAAUAACCUCCCUUCCCCCCAAGCCCCUCCGAGCUCACCUCUCUUUUCCUAUAACUUCCUAACUGGGCACUCCCAGAUUUAAGUUAGGAUGAGCAGAAAAUAUCUUGAGCAGUGCUUGUGACACCACAGAGGUAAUUCAAGCACUGACACCACAAAGGCAACUCCAGCACACAGUUUCCAGCCUCCUUCAGCCCAUUUGGUAGCAUCUGUGCUCAUUUGGUAGCAUGCUGUCAUGUUUGACAAAGUCCAGUGCAAUUCUACACCAGCUCUUCAGGAGCACCUGAGAGAUGCUGUAGCCCUGGAGGGGCAUUAGGGUCAAUGCAGACAGUAGGGUUUGGAGCAAGAGUUUUGUCUGGAUUAACAAAAAUGAAAAAGCUCAGCACCAAGUUUUCCCUCAUGGGACUGUACAUGAGUCUCAGUUAUUUCCACAGAGGUCUGGAGAGCUCUUCUAGACUAGAUGACACAGAUAAAGCAGUUAACUGGCAAAGAUUAAGUCAAUUAUGUGCAGCCGAUUAACAAGUAAGAUAUAUGAUCCAAAAGACAACAAAUUGCAUCAGUCUUAGUGUUACAGCAGCAGUAAUUACAUCCAGGAAUUGUGUAAUUCCUCAUCAUCACUCAAGAUCAAGCCCUUGAUGCUAAAGUCCAUGACUGGCACAUUUCAGAAACCUCAUCAUUUCAGUGACUUCCUCAAAGGUUAAUUCCUGGACAUGCCACUGGCUUCUCUGUGUCAGUCAAACUAUAAGAGAAUUUUUAUCCACCUUUAACACACACAUGCAGUUAUGAAAAUGAGAAUGUACUUAAGCACUUGGAGUCAAUUUUUUCAAAAUUUUCUCAGUUAAAAGUUGUUUAUACUUCUGCAUUGCAGCACUAAGGCAAGUUACUGGAACUUAGUUACUGCAGACAUACACAGCUCUUUGUGCUGUUCUCUAAUGCAACACAAAAAAUGCUUUGUAUAGGUGUUCCCUUUAUACAAACUGUGGAAGAAAAUGUCAGUUUUGCUAAGAUGAGGCCACACGUACACUGCCUUGGCACAUAAUUUCACCGCUUCAAGAGGGAAAUUUUACGUAUAAAACUUAAAAGAUUACUCUGUUAAAAACAAUAAAAAAUAAAUUAAAAAAAAAUUAUUAGGUGCAUCCAAACCUUCCAGGGGUUUUAAAAGCUCAUCUUCAUUUUUGGCAGUAAAACCUGGACAGUGCUACCAUAUAAAGCAAACACUUAAAUAAAGCCAAGCAAGUCAACCAGGAAAAGCGUCAAGGAGACAGCAAGAAGUAAUACAUAAAACAUAGCCUGGGAGAGAUUCCUUCCUCAGAAGAGGGGCUCUGUGAGCUCCUAACAGUCCCUAAAUAUCAGCACUGCCCUCAACCUUCGUUUUUACCUCCCUGCUUCUCAUGUCUAUGAUAAAGCCAGCCUGAGCCCUGCCAGCACCAGGAGAGGGCCCAGUACCCCCUGGCAGCACUAAUUCCAGCAGAGAGAUAGAUGUAAAGGCACUGCACUGCUGCCACCUCCUUGUUCCAAGCUGUCCUGUCCUAGGGAUGUUUAGUGUCACAUCUGUGUGCUUAUGGGGACACCCUCUGACCUGUCAAAUGUGCCAUCACUGGCCUCACUGAUAUAUGUAAAUAUUAAAUAAUGUUCUGAAGC